UAUGCCUAGUAAAAAUCUGGACUGACUUGGGUAAAAAGUAACUUGAGAGAAAAGUCAUCCGGUAAAGUUAGAGUAGGAUUCUACUUGUGCAAGUAGAAUCCUACAAGUUUUUGAGAGCCUUAUUUUGGCUGAAAACGUGUCUACUUAAGGAAGACAAUUUUCACCCAAUAACUCACCUUUUUGAGUUGUGUUGUUCUUGCCCACUCAAAGCAUAUUCGUCCAAGGUAUUACCAGGAUCAUAGCAGAAGAUUGCAGCCCUGGAUUCUUGCUGUGUGGAGAAUCUUUGCAACGAUUUCAAGAGAUUAACCAUGUCUUCAUUCAACCCACUUACCUCAAUUUUGAACCAAAACAAAUUAGAAGGACCAAAUUAUGUUGACUGGAAAAGAAACCCUGAUAUUAUCCUAACUGCUGAAGGUUACAAAUUUGUAAUCACUGAGGAGUGCCCAAAAAAACCUGAAAAUGCAACUGAUGAUCAGGUUAAGGCCUAUGACAAAUGAUCAAGGCUGAUGAGAUGGCGUGAUUGUACAUUCUUGCCUCUAUGACGAAUGUUUUGCAACAUCAGCAUCAGUCUAUGAGGUCUGCUUAUGACAUGCUCGAAAGUCUCAAAGAGAUGUUAGGUGAGCAAAAUCAUGCGGCUAAGCAGACAUCCAUGAAACCCCUUUUGAACACUAAGAUGACUGAAGGAUCAUCGGUCAGGGACCAUGUUCUGAAGAUGAUGAGUUUUCUGAAUGAACUGGAGGUCCUUGGAGAUGUGAUUGAUGAGGAAUCUCAAGUUGAGAUGGUCCUGCAGAUUUUGCCUGACAGUUUUCAACAAUUUCGCUUGAACUAUAAUAUGAACAAAAUAGAUUUGUCACUGGCAAAAUUGUUGAAUGAGCUGCAAGCGGCAGAAUCUAUUAUCAAACAGCAAGCUCCAGUUGUGGCACUCAAUGUUGAGAAAGCUUCGAUUUCUAAGUCGAAAGGUGGUAAGAAAAAGAAGAAGGUUCAAAAGGUUUUGGCACCUGGAGGUGCGGCUGGUGUGAAAAAAACCCAAAGGAAAGUGCUAUCAUUUCAAGCAACCUGGGCAUCACAAAAAACAAUGCGCUGCCUAUCUGGCGAAGUUGAAUAAGCAAGGGGUUUCAGGAAAUGCGACGGCUAAGUGAGAAUGAAGUUUGCAUUUUUCAAGCCAAUGGCGAGCCAACACCAGCUUUAACAUUAGGAGAUAUUAGUGUUUCAUUUAGUAGUGAUAGAGUUUUAGUUUUGAAAGAUGUUCUCUAUGUACCUUCUAUUAGAAAGAAUUUGAUUUCGGUUUCGAAAAUAUUGGAUGCUGGUGAUAAUGUUUAUUUUGUUAAUAACACUGUUGUUAUUAAGUUUAAUAAAUAUUUUAUCUACACUGCUGCUAGAGUACAUGACCUUUUUAUUCUUGAUAUAUCUCCUCAUGUGCUACAACAACCAAAAGAAUUAAAUAAUAUUAAUCUGCCACAAAAAAAGAAAACGUAUUUCUGAAUUGAGCCAAACUUAUAUGUGGCACUUACGUCUAGGUCAUAUAAAUCUAAAUAAGAUUUCGAGAUUGGUCUUUGAUGGACCUUUGAGUUCAUUGAAAGUGGAGUCACUGCCAACAUGCGAAUCUUGUUUAGAAGGUAAAAUGACCAAGAGACAUUUUUCCUCAAAAGGAAAUAGAGCCAGCGAUAAGUUAGAAUUAAUUCACUCUGAUUUGUGUGGCCCUAUGAAUAUACAAGCAAG